AUGUUCAAAGCUAAGGUUUACAUACACCAAGAGGUAUUGUGUCAUUCAUCUUUUGGUAAUUGGGUAGUUAUGGCAAAAACAAUUUUAUGUAUUAGAAGUCUCGACGAUGAUUUGGAUCCCCACAUCCAGGCCGUUUUAGAACAAGUAAAAUUACUCGAUAAUGAGGCAAAAUUUGUUUGCCUUAAUCCUUAUUCUAGAGGUCAUUACAUUGAAAUCACCGCAGGAAAAGAUUCGGAGCUUAGUCCGAGCUGCGUUAUCGUCGUGGAUGGCGAUCGAAUUCCUGCUCAAUCAAUCACAUCGGUCUGGUAUCGCAUGAAGCCUGUUAUUCUAAAGGGUGAUGAAGACCUACAAGGUAGAUCUUUUAUUUUUAAAAAUUUUCAAGGCUUUUUAUUCUGUUGUUGUUGUUUUUUUUUACUUUUUAUGUGCGUAGUUAAGGGGCACCCAGCGACUUGUUUCUGUAAAAUAACUGUUCGAAGGAGCACAUAUUGCCUAGAAAUGUCUAAAGCUUGAAAAAAGCUAAAAAUUUCUGGAUAACCGCUCCAUUUGUCUUAAAUGUUGGGAGGUUUUUCUAAUAGCUUAACUACGAUUUUCGGAGGUUGUGUUAUGUCCACAUUUUAAUACCAAGGUACUGCGAUUAUUGUCAAAAAAGGUCUCCUAAAAAUUUCGGUAUAAAGACAAAACGUCCCCUAUAAUACAGAUAAUUUUCUAAUGAAACUGAUGAAAGUAAGGCUACUUCUAGCGUCCCUAGACUGUUCACAGUCCUCUAUUUUUCCGUAAGAUCAUCGAGAUCGAGCAACUUUGCGUUACGUGCUGCCAUCUUGCAUGAGUGUCAAAACCACUUUAUAAUCCGCGACGCCCGCCCCCUCGGUACAUUUGAAAAUCAAGAUACCCGUGACGGUAAGACGCGGUAUAUCUAAACGAUCUCACGAAAAAAUAGGGGACUGUGAACAGUCUACAGCGUCCCCUGCAGACAUUCUUAGGCGUGCGUCACGCGUUCCACCUAAGAAUGUCUGCGGGGGAGGCUAGGCUACUUCAUGUCCUCAAACUUUCUACCGGAUCCAUCCCAAAGGGUAGCUGACACUUUCGGACCCGGACGAAAAAGCACUUAAGAUUUUCAGAGCAACCCCAAAUUAACUAAACAGGCUUCUAAAGCCAGUAGAAAACCAUUCGAGACACUUUUGGCGUAUUUGGAAACAUUCGGCCGUUGGGUGCCCCUGGUAGUUGUUAUAAGUAGUAAUAGGUAAGUUUUACUUUGCGUCGCAAAAUGAUUUGUGGUGGCGUAGAGUACUCCUCGAUACUAAUAUUGCUUUGCGCAUUCUCUGCACUGCGCUCCUUCAUUUUCUACCGAGCUGGGUAAGAGAAUUUGCCUAUUGUGGUCAUUUUCAGGGGUGGGUUCAUACCCCGGCGUGCCCAAUCAAUGAAAAUCGGUCAUCGGAAACCAAUCAAUAUAAUUAAUAUAAUCGAUAAAAAUCAAUCGAUUAGUAUCGAUUGGUUUCACCAAUCGAUGAAAAUCGAUACUCACAAUGCAAAUCCUCCUCAGCAUCGCGCGGAGAAAGGGGAAAGUGGCCGAAUCUCUUGUUAUUUGUAGGAGUCGGUACUUUCAAGAAAUGUUGUUCAGUCGGUCAGUGUAAAACGUGGACUGCGGACUGCAGAUUGCAGACUGCGGACCAGAGGUAAAAUGAAGACUGAGUGUAAAAUGCAGAAUGAGAAGUCUCAAGAAACGUUCCUCGGACCUUGGAUCGGUAUCUGACUCUCUUAUGAUUUCUACGCGGUCGAGGAUCGGCCGAGGGAAAGUAACACGGCAUCUCGACGAAAGGGACGGUGAGAAGGAAAGAGAGGCAAAAUGGCUCCCUUUCUUCUUCCUUCCCACUCCCCCCUCCCCUGCGCUUCCCUCGUUAAUGUAAUAGAGACGGAAGAGUAGGAGUAGUCCCCAUUUUUCCUAAGGGAUAUUAGAGCGAGCAAAUCGCGCGUGAAAAUCAUCCCACUCGAGACAGGCGAGACGCGGCGGUGAGAGAGAAAAAUCGCCUUUCUCACAUGGGUUGAUUUUCAUGCGCGCUCGCGUUUCGCUCGCUCUACUAUCCCUGAGGAAAAAUGGGCACUACUCGUAGUCUACGGAAGAGAUGGCUUUGAGCGAGUUAGAGAUAGCUGCAAGAUUAUGCUGAGCGUUGAACUUUGACAUCUUUAUAUACGUACAAUAAUAAACGGAAAAUGUUGGGAAAGCGACAAAUAAGUAGCACUCCCACGGAAGUGCAAUCAAUGGCUAAAAGGCGGGACUUUUGUUUAUCUUUAGGUGUUAUCAUUGCAAAUUUUGUCUCCAAAGAGUGGAUGUCGGUGCUUCGUUCAUUGUCGAUGUAUCUUUCCCACGCGCGAUGGAUGAACCCACUGACACCGCAAGUGGAUCUCCUGAACUGCAAGCCUUCUCAGUUACGACUUGCGCAGCAGGUUGGGCUGACUGUGCCGAAGACCACUAUCACAAAUAACCCUCCUGCUGUAGAGAAGCUCUUUAGCAAAGUGGAAAACGGACGAGUGGUGUUUAAGAGUUUGACAGGACUUUUUGUACCGCCAGACAUUGGACUUUUCACAACUGAGAUCACUAAAGAGUUUCCAUCGGUGUCACAGGACGGUAUCGCACAUUGCCCGAGCAUUUAUCAAGAGCUGGUGGAACGGAGAUCCGAUCUACGCAUCACUGUUGUCGGAAACAAAGUCUUUGCCGUUCGUAUUGCCUCGCAAACACUCGAUGAGCAUGAAGAUCGCUUGGAUUGGAGAAGGAGGCAAGAUAAAAAAGAGCUUUACAGCGAAGCACAGGUGCAUGAAAGGCCCUUAGUAACUAGUCAUUCACGUGGUACAGAACCGCCAUAAUAGAGAGCAAGGAACGCAUUGGUAAAUGACAAAUAAAAGGCUUACAUUAGUUUUAGAAAUUUCCUUUAUUUGUCUUGUCACGGUGCGUCCCUUGCUCUCCAGCGUGGCGACUUUGUACCACGUGAAUGAUCAGCUGCAAAGGGCCUAUUACAACUUAAAUUUGAGUCGUUCCUCUAGGUCUCCACAACGAGCGUUUAACAAGCUCUGCCUCGUCCCAACCUCGUUCCCAGGUACUUCUCGCUUUCCAAUAUGCCGCGGCCAUAUUGGAAAGCGAGAAGACCCUGGGGACUAGGUUGUGCCUCGUCCUAAGAGCUAUUGCCGCGCGAAAAAGAACUAAUCAUUGUGGAGUCAUGGAAAGGAUUUAGAUCGAGCAGCGGGUACAGUGCGCACAAACGUCCCAAAACACCACGAACCCCGCGUAACUAAGGAGAAGGGAGCCUGGGGACGACCAUUAUCAAGCUGGAUUGUUACAGCUUAAAAUCACUUAUGGCGAUUGUUAAUUCUGAUUCCCUUGAGUCAGAAUUUAAAAUCCUUGAUUCCCUGGUAACCAGACGCGAAUGAAGGGCCAAAAAAGUAGUCGUCGGGUCACCAUGGAAAGUAAUGAUCGCGAGCAGCGAGGUAAGGGCAUACUUCAUAAGACAACACGCAUGCCCAUGCCAAAGGAGCCCUGGGACGAGCCAGUAUUGAACUUUGUUACACUUUGAAAAUCACUAACGGCCAAUUUUAAUUCUGAUCCUUUCUAACAGAUAUCUGACGUACUUAAGCAGCGCUUGCUAAAGUUCCAAGAAAAAGCAGGGAUAAAUUAUGGCGCUUACGACUUCUUAGAGCGCGGCGACGACAUCAUAUUCCUGGAGUGUAACAUGGGAGGAGCGUGGCUUUGGCUGGAAGAAUUUGUUGGCAUUAAAGUGUCCUUGCACGUCGCGCGAUUUCUACUGGGAUUAGAGGAACUUGAGACCUAA